GCCACCACAGCGCUAGGACAGGAGAUAAGAGAGGCAGUAUUGUCAGUGCUACCAGAUUUGCCUGAGCAGACACUUUCAUCCCUCCUGGACAAGCUAGCAAGUGUGGGAGUAGAGGGAAAGCCUUGAGUUGAGCAACAAUUUUACUUCCAGGACAAGCAAGGAGUGACACAGCUGGUGCAAUCAAGGAUACAUCAACAUUUGAGCCAUCAAGCCCCUCCCCUUCACAGUCAUCCUCCACAUACAUCACAACCUGUUCAACAACCAGUACGACCAGUACUGUAGACCUGGACAUCUGGCUGGAGAACUUCAUUGUCACUUGGGGCAAAACGUCCAUGAACCUGAGAUCAGCCAUCGCCAGAGGCACAUGGCGAACCCCGGGAGAACGAAGAGAGAUGGUGAGAAUUACAGUAGAUGCAAUGAGAGUUACUGAGCCUAAUCUGACCAGAGCAGAUUGCCGUGCAAUAGCCAAGAGGAUGGUACAACGGUACCCUUCUUCUUUUGCCACAUUCUACACCUUCAAUCAAGAGGAGGCUUCACGCACCCUGGAGUUCUUCCAA